AUGUUUAAUAAUUCUACUGUCAACUCUACUCGUCCUGGUAUCCCUGUUCCUUACUACGGCAAGAUACCAUGGACUGCUGCCUUUUCUCUUGAAUUUGUUAUGGCCAUGAUGGGAAACUUCCUUAUAGUGUGGAUAGUUUUUAGGGACAGUCGGUUGAGAAGCACCACGAAUUACUUGAUAACCAACAUGGCGGUCAGUGAUCUUAUUGCAGCUCUCUUUGUCUUUCCAUGGAUGCUAGUGCUCCUUAACUUUGACGGACAAUGGCUGAUUGGUGGGGUUAUUGGUAAUGCACUGUGCAAGCUAACUGUCUUUACAGUAGAAAUGUCCUUCGGUGUGUCUGCUUAUAGCUGUGUUGGCAUUUCCAUUGACCGGUAUUUCGCCGUAGCCUAUCAAUUCAAGAGACCUUUCCAGGACAAGAUGAAAAAGGUCAUUGCAGUAAUUUGGAUUGUUGCAGUCGUGAUCUGUUCGCCAGAGUUGUACUUUUUAAAUGCACGUCAAUCUGGCAACGCAUUUUAUUGUAGUGUACAUAGGAAGGACAAGUCAUCAUUCUUUUCUUACCAUUAUAUAUUGGAAGGUUUGACCACCAUUUUGCCAGUACUGUUCAUGACAAUAACCUACACUCUCACCAUCUGCAAACUUUAUCAUCGCAAAGUACCAGGAUUGUUAACAUCAGAACGAAGAAGAAGAAAGCAGCAGAAUAAAAAAGUGUUAAAACAUGCCGUGACAAUUGUUGUUUUGCUUUAUCUUUGUCAUGGUUUUCUUUUCACUAUUGUUAUGUUGAAUUCCCAAAGAAAGUUGGUCCAUCUCUCGGACUCAUCGUAUGACAGCUUGACAGAUGCCUCACUUUUCAUUUUAUACCUCAGUCUCGUGUAUAACUUCUUCAUCUACCUCAUAUUCAAUGAUAUUUACCGUGAGAAUAUCAAAGCUCUGAUACCCAAGUGUUGCUGUCGAUACGAUGCUAACAUGAGGCAGGAAAGACCANGAGAUGAAUUAAAGACAAGAAAAAUAGAAAGAAGGAAUGAGAAAGAACAAUACAAAAUUAAGCACCCAAAAGAGAAAGAAACACUGAACAUUUAA